CUCUCUCUCUCUCUCUCUCUCUCUCUCUCUCUCUCUCUCUCUCUCUCUCUCUGUGACAUUGCAUCGGAAUCUACCAGAAUCUGCUGAUUUCGAGUAAUUACUUCGAUUUUGGAUUAUCCUUAUCCUUAUCAAACGGUUGCCUCCUCUCGCUUUCUCGUCUUAUGCGCCGUUCCAUCUCCGAUCUGACCGUCUUGUUGGCUAUAGAUCUUAUUCAUCGUGACACUGAACGGACAAAAUACUUUCCGAUAAUCCGAGAACGGAGAAAAACGCUUCCUUCGUGGCGGAUAUGUCCCUGAUCGAUUCAACUGUGUCGCAUGUUCCGGACAGUGACGUCCAUUUUCCAGUUGAGGCGAUUGUUCUGACGCCAUUGCCCGGAUACGUGGCCCCGGCAUCUAUUAGCUUUAGCCCUGACGACACUUGCGUAGGCUGUCUGUUCAGCCCUGAACAGACAUUGAACAGGAAUGUGUAUGUGUUUGAUGUGAAGAAUGGAGAAUCCAGGUUGGCUUUCAGUCCUCCCAAUGGUGGAGUCGAUGAGGGCAACAUAACACAGGAAGAAAAGUUGAGAAGGGAGAGGUCGCGGGAGCGUGGAUUAGGAGUGACCCGUUAUGAAUGGGUUAAGACAAACUCGAAGAAGCAAUUGAUUGUGGUGCCUUUACCAUCUGGGGUUUAUUUGCAGGACCUUUCCUCACUGAAUCCCGAGCUUGUACUCCCGAGUUUACCCACCUCCCCAAUCAUCGAUCCCCGUCUUUCUCCUAACGGCUUAAUGCUUGCUUACGUGAGAGACUCUGAGCUGCACGUUCUUAGUCUCUCAAACAACAAAUCACAACAGUUGACAGAUGGUGCCAAUGGAAGUACUGUUACUCAUGGUCUCGCUGAAUACAUAGCUCAGGAGGAGAUGGAUCGAAGGAAUGGGUACUGGUGGUCACCAGAUAGCAACUUCAUUGCGUACACGCAAAUAAACUUCUCGGAAAUUCCAUUGUUUAGAAUUAUGCACCAAGGCAAAAGCUCGGUUGGUUCAGACGCACAAGAAGAUCACCCAUACCCUUUUGCUGGAGCUCUCAAUGUAAGUGUGCGUCUUGGGGUGGUUUCCUCAGCUGGAGGACACACAACAUGGAUGGAUCUUAACAGCGGAGGUACCAAUAGAGAGGAAGAGUACCUGGCUAGAGUCAAUUGGAUGUCCGGAAACAUUCUCAUUUCUCAGGUUCUGAACAGGUCACAUACUAAGCUGAAGAUCCUCAAGUUCGACAUAAAGACGGGACAACGUGAUUUGCUGUUUACGGAAGAAUCCGAUGUGUGGGUGACUUUGCACGACUGUUUUACCCCUCUAGAGAAAGCUCCUUCCAAACGACCUGGGGGAUUCAUCUGGGCUAGUGAGAAAACUGGAUUCAGACACUUGUAUCUGCAUGAUUCUGACGGAACCUGCCUCCGAGCCAUUACCAGAGGUGAAUGGAUGGUUGAGCAACUCAUGGGCAUCAAUGAAUCGAUGGGUUUGGUGUACUUCACAGCAACUAUGGACGGGCCACUCGAAAGCAAUUUAUACUGCACGAAACUGGAACCGGGGGAGACCCUAGACACAGCUCUGUGUGAACCUAUAAGGUUAACCCAUGGUAAAGGCAAACAUGUGGUCCUGCUUGAUCACCAAAUGAAAAAUUUCAUCGACAUUUAUGAUUCGGUCGAUUCCCCUCCUCGGGUUUCCCUUUGCUCCCUGCAUGAUGGAACCGUUCUCAAGACUCUUUACGAGUCGAAAGUGCCCAUACCUAUACUCGAAACCCUUAAAGUUGAGCCACCAGAGAUUGUUCAAAUACAGGCAAGCGACGGGACAACGCUCUAUGGGGCGCUUUAUAAGCCUGACGCUUCGAGAUUCGGUCCUCCCCCAUACAAAACGAUGAUCAACGUUUACGGAGGACCCGGGGUUCAGUUGGUCAGCAAUUCAUGGAUAAACACCGUCGACAUGAGGACGCAGUACCUAAGAAGUAGAGGCAUCUUAGUAUGGAAGGUAGAUAACAGAGGAGCGUCGAGGCGGGGACUCAAGUUCGAGUCAUCGAUCAAGCAUAACUGCGGGUAUGUUGAUUCAGAGGAUCAAGUAGCUGGAGCCAAGUGGCUCAUCGAGCAAGGCCUGGCUAAACCGGAGAACAUUGGAGUAUACGGGUGGAGCUAUGGCGGGUACCUCUCGGCCAUGCUCUUGACCCGUUACCCUGAGAUUUUCCGGUGCGCCAUCUCGGGGGCGCCCGUCACGUCCUGGGACGGGUACGACACUUUCUACACAGAGAAGUACAUGGGUCUUCCCUCGGAGGACCCCGAGAGGUACGUCAAGAGCUCAGUGAUGGAACAUGUGGGGAACUUGGUGGACGGGCAAAGGUUGCUUCUGGUGCACGGGAUGAUCGACGAGAACGUGCACUUCAGGCACACGGCUAGGCUCGUGAACGCGCUCGUGGAAGCCGGGAAGCGUUACGAGUUGCUGGUAUUUCCGGACGAACGCCACAUGCCCCGGAAGUUGAAGGAUCGGAUCUAUAUGGAACACAUGAUUUGGGACUUCAUCGAGAGGAGCUUAUGAUCAUCUCUAACAUUUUCUUCUUUCCCCACAUUUUUCCCCCGUAAUAAAUGGCACAUCAUCCAAUUCUGUUUAUCUGUCUUUCUUUAUUUCUCCUUCGUAUUGUACUAUACAACCCACAAUAAACCAUACUUGCAUUUGCGUUCCAUGAUA